UCUGUGUUUACAUUAGGUAAAACUAAACUCUUGCAAACAACCAACAAGCAGAAGAAAAAAAUGCAGAUUUAAGCUUGACAUUUUUUUUGACAAAUAAGACUGCAGCAUCAGAAGGAGCUGAGACACCUUUUGUAUCAGACUCAGAGCUUCCACUCAGCCUUUGUGAGUCUGUAUCUCUAAACCGUUGACCUUACAAAUGAGCACGCUGCAUCAUUGUGAGAAUUGGUGUUUCUGGGCGGUGCAAAGUGGAGUAGAGCACAUCAGAGUGCAGGAUAUCUGAGCACAGCAGAGCACAGAGAGGCAGGCACAUCCGCCGCUGGAGGGAUCAAAUCUGUACCAUCUGACGCUCAAGGAUUUAUGGGUUUAGUCAAAAUUGCUUUUCCCACUGUGGAGAUUAAGCACCGUAGGAUGUUUUCCACUCAGGCCGUAGAAUAGCCCAGUGUAGCUGCUGCUGCUGCUGCUGCUGCUGUUUUUCCUCCCUCUUAUCGGCUCCGGCACUGGAGAAAGGAAUGUCUCAGGAAGGCAGAGUGCUACAAACCCUGGAGGGGAGCAGAUUCUGACUGACAGGAGAGGUCCGUCCUCUGGGGAAUGUGAACCAUGCAGGUGGAUGCUGUUCUUGUGCUCUUCUGUGUUUGGCUUGCGGGUACAGCUGGGAAGAUGGCCCAGUCGAGGGGUCACAAGCUGGAGACCUACAAACAGAGCAGGUUGCGAAGAGAGACCAGAAUGGAGGGGGGUGGAGGUCACAAAUCCGGAGGCCCAAUUUACAAACGAAGUCCAGACAUGACAAAAUCUCCGAUGACAAAAUCUGAGCAGCUCCUGAGAAUAGACGACCACGAUUUCACCAUGAGGCCAGCGUUUGGAGGCCCUCCGAUUCCUGUUGGAGUAGAUGUUCAGGUUGAAAGUCUGGACACCAUCUCCGAAGUGGAUAUGGACUUUACAAUGACACUGUACCUGCGUCACUACUGGAAGGAUGAGCGGCUGUCGUUCCCGAGCACCAACAACCAGAGCAUGACCUUUGACAGCCGCCUGGUGAAGAAGAUCUGGGUUCCUGACAUGUUCUUUGUUCACUCCAAGCGCUCUUUUAUCCACGACACCACAACUGAUAAUGUCAUGUUGAGGGUUUACCCCGACGGCAACGUCCUUUACAGUCUCAGAGUCACUGUUACUGCCAUGUGUAACAUGGACCUCAGCCGCUUCCCUCUGGACACCCAAACCUGCUCGCUGGAGAUUGAGAGUUAUGCGUACACAGAUGACGACCUGAUGUUAUACUGGAAGAAAGGCAACGAAUCCCUGAACACAGACGACAGAAUUUCUCUGUCCCAGUUCCUCAUCCAGAAAUUUCACACAACCACCAAGCUGGCUUUCUACAGCAGCACAGGCUGGUACAAUCGUUUGUACAUCCACUUCACCCUGCGGCGCCACAUUUUCUUCUUCCUGCUGCAGACCUAUUUCCCCGCUACUCUGAUGGUCAUGUUAUCAUGGGUGUCCUUCUGGAUUGACCGCAGGGCCGUCCCCGCCAGGGUGCCACUAGGCAUCACCACAGUGUUGACCAUGUCCACCAUCAUCACCGGGGUCAACGCCUCCAUGCCGCGGGUCUCCUACAUCAAGGCAGUGGACAUUUACCUCUGGGUCAGUUUUGUUUUUGUCUUCCUAUCGGUGAUAGAGUACGCGGCGGUCAACUACCUCUCCACCGUACAGGAGAGGAAAGAGAGGAAACUGAGGGAGAGACUGCCGUGUACAUGUGGCAUUGGCAACCCUGAUGAGAUGAUGAUUGACCCCCAGAUCACUGGCUAUGGGUCUAUGGAUAUCAACACCACAGGGAAUUAUGGAAUGCCAGAGAAUGGGGGCCGCCAGGAGCGAAUGUUGGCCCAGGUGGCACUGAAUGACCCGCAGAUCGCAAGCCAGGUGAAGCCAUCCAGAGGCUACGUGAACAUUUGGAUAGACACCCACGCCAUAGACAAGUACUCGCGGGUUGUAUUUCCCGGAGCGUACAUCCUCUUUAACAUCAUCUACUGGUCCAUCUACUCAUAACCCGGGAUGCAGAAGUAGAUCCUCUGUGGGAGUCCAAGAUGAGACUCCAGGAGCUUGGUUCAUUUGUGACAGAGCAGGAAAAUAACAUUGCAUUUGAUGCUUUUCAGACACCGAAACUGCUCAUAAGAUGCAUGGGGACCAUUGACAGAUUGGUGACCAUUGCCUUCUUGACCCAGCCACUUAAAACUGAAGAGUUUAAUGACAAACGGACAGUCUUCGUCGCUGGUUUUGUCACUCAAUCAAGUCUAUGUGGUUUGUUGUAACUGUAGUGCUGUUGAUGAAGACGUUUGGAUGUUGUUGUCGCCCCGAGGACUUAUUGCUCAGAGAAAUGCACAAACAUGGACCGGUGUAAUUGUGCAGUUUAACUCAGCUACAUUUCAGUUCUCGAUGCAGUGACUCUUUGGCCACAUUUUCAAAACUGAAAAUGUGAACUGAAAACGGAUUUCUGACAUUUCCAGCAUAUGGACAAAUUCCUUCUCCUUUGCUUAUGAACUAGAGUUGACAAUCAAUGACAAACAAAAAAUAUUUCAAGGAAUAGUUCUGCCUAUUUGCUUUCUGGUGGAAAGUUAAAUGAGAAAAUUGAUGCCACUCUUAAAUCUCCCUGUUAAAUAUAGAGCUACAGUCAGCAGCCAGUUAUCUUAGCUUAGCAAAUUUUUUUGUUUUUAGGCUUUGUACGGAUUAAACAAACAAGAUAUAACAUGUUAAUUAGCGAGCUUUAGAGGUGCUGUUGCCAGAUGCUAUUACCUUCAUACAGAGCAGAUUAACUGUUUCAAGUCCUUGUGCUAAGCUAAGCUAACUUUCUCCUAGCUGUAUAUGGCUGUAUGUGAUGGACAGAGCUUCUGGGUCUAUGAAGAGACAACGUGUGUUUUAAAGCUACAUUCUACGUAAAGGCCAGCAGGGGGCAGCUCCAUUGGCUGCAAUAAAACACAGUAGAUACCAUGCAGUCUUAUGGAGAAAUUACCUGACUUCGCUCUUCACUUAAGCUCAGUAAACGGUUUUUCUAAUGAGUUUAUGGUCUCAGUCUCUAGUUUCAGAUCUUCUUCCAUAUAUGAUGUUAAUUUUGUAAAUUAUGGUCCAGUUUAGAGUAAAACAGACAAUAAAUCAGGGAAUGCUUUAAGACGUGGCUAACUUGUCUCAUUCUCAGUCCGUCCAGUGCACUGCAUGAAACUCAGAUCAGACUGUCACUUGGUACAGACAUGAGAGUGGUAUCAAUGUUCUCAUUUAAAUCUUAGUAAGAAAGCGAAGUAUCAUGUCCAAAAAUGUGGAACUGUUCCUUUAAAAACUUGAUAAUCAAAGUUAAAUUGUUUAUUUUUUGUUUUUUUGCAGCACGUUAAUAUGAUUCAGUCUGUUACAUUUUCUUGUGAUCUUUGUAUCAAUGCCAUUAUUUUGCUGUUCAAGCUAAUUACUGCAAUGCAUUUGUGUGAUUUCACAAAGUUGAGUAAAAAGGCAAAACAAAGCAAUCUGUUAAAAACACAAAUGUAAAAAUAUAUGUUUAGUAAAUCCCAAACACUGAUUAUGGUAUUGACUUUUUUUUAAAUGUUCUUAUUUCUUCUUUUUAUAAUACAACUGAAGCUCAUCUCCUCUGUUUGGUGUUGUGAGGCUUUGAGGUUCACUGUGACCUGUUAGUUGCUAGUUUAUCGUCUUUUUUCAGCUUAAAAACAACUUUAUACAUUAUUAGGCAAAAGAUAUAUUAAAAAUAUCUUUUGGUGGUUUAUGACAAUUCAAUGACCAAACAUACAGACAUUAAAUGAAACUCUGGAAAAAAAUGUUAUAUAUGGGAAAAUGUUUAAUAAAUGUUUUGUUUUCUGAAAAUGA